AUGGAAAUUUCAGACAAGAUCUCAUGCAUGGAGGGAGCAGCGGCCGAACAGGCUAAAACUCGCGACGACCUCCUGGUAAUUGAGCUGACGAUCCACGACAUCGAUGUCGCGAGAGUACUGAUCGACACCGGAAGCUCGGUUAACAUCAUCUUCCAAGAAACUCUCGCGAAGAUGCAGAUCGAUCCGUCGGAAAUUACAGAAGACGCCAGCCCGCUGGUAGGGCUUUCGGGAGAACCCACCAUCGCUUUGGGGUCGAUCAGUUUCGCAGUCAAAGCUGGAACGGUAGAAAAACUGACGGAAUUCCUAGUAGUGGAUCUCCCGGCAUCGUACAAUGCGAUCAUGGGCAUUCCCUGGAUAAAUUCAAUGAGAGCAGUCCCAUCGACAUAUCAUCUGUGCCUCAAGUUUCCGACCUCCCACGGGAUCGAAACAAUCUGGGGAAAUCCCAGAGUGUCGCAGAUAUGUCUCGCUGCGGAACUCAAGCGCAAGAGGUCCGAUCUCGACACCGCUCCCAAGAAAACUAAGAAAACGAUUUCAGACGAAGACACACAGGAUUUGGCUGAACUCUUCUGGCAAUCUCGAAGGGCUGAUGCCCUAGAAGAAAAACGCGAACCAACCUGUGAACCCGUAGUUACGAAAAGGCGGAAACUAGGCCCCGAGCGAGCAACCGCAGUCAACGAAGAAGUCGAAAAACUUCUUAAAGUGGGAUCUAUAACAGAAGUUCGUUACCCCGAUUGGCUCGCAAAUCCCGUCGUGGUUAAAAAGAAGAACGGAAAAUGGCGAGUAUGCGUCGAUUUUACCGAUUUCAAUAAAGCAUGCCCGAAAGAUAGUUUUCCUUUGCCGCACAUCGACCGGUUAGUCGAAGCAACAGCAGGAAAUGAACUCUUGUCCUUCAUGGACGCGUUCUCGGGAUACAAUCAGAUUAUGAUGAAUCCCGAUGACCGCGAGAAAACAGCGUUCAUUACGGAUCGCGGGACUUACUGCUAUAAAGUAAUGCCUUUCGGCCUCAAGAACGCCGGCGCAACGUAUCAACGACUCGUCAAUCGAAUGUUCGCUGAUCAACUCGGAAAAACGAUGGAGGUUUACAUUGACGACAUGCUCGUCAAAUCCCUCCACGCUAACGACCAUGUCGACCAUCUUGAGGAAUGCUUCUCCCGGCUGAAUUCACAUAACAUGAAACUUAACCCGGCCAAAUGCAGAUUUGCCGUAGCAUCGGGAGAAUUCCUCGGAUACUUGGUAACUUAUCGCGGGAUUGAAGCCAACCCAAAACAGAUCGAUGCACUCAUCGGGAUGGCCUCCCCUAAAAACAAGCGAGAAGUACAAAGGUUGACCGGGAGGGUCGCAACACUCAAUCGGUUUAUAUCCCGAUCAACGGAUAUAUGCUUGCCUUUCUACGACGUCCUGCGGGGAAACAAAAAAUUCGAGUGGUCAAACGAAUGCGAAGACGCUUUCAAACAGCUAAAGCACUAUCUGGCGACUCCUCCGGUUCUCGCAAAACCCGUAGAAGGGGAACCUCUAUUCCUGUACAUAUCAGUAUCGGCAACGGCCGUUAGCGGCUUCCUGAUAAGAGAAGAACGUGAGGAUCAGAAACCCAUCUUUUACGUAAGCAAGACGCUCCUGGACGCCGAAACCCGUUAUCCCCUGAUGAAGAAAUUAGCGUACGCAGUCGUAACAUCGGCGCGGAAGCUUCGACCUUAUUUUCAAUCCCACACCAUCAUCAUCCUUACGACAUUCCCCAUCCGAACUAUCUUGCAUAGUCCGAGCCAGUCGGGAAGGUUAGCCAAAUGGGCCGUCGAACUCAACGAGUACGAUAUAGACUAUCGCCCCAGGACGAGUGCAAAGUCCCAAGUCCUCGCGGAUUUCUUGGUGGAGUUACCAACCAAAGCCAUAACCAACAAAGAGCCUAAUUCAACAUGGCUCCUCCACGUUGACGGAUCAUCAUCAAAACAAGGAUCCGGCAUCGGCAUCCUCGAACAAUCGUUUAGAUUAGAGUUUCAUGCCUCGAACAACGAAGCAGAGUACGAGGCCCUUAUCGCGGGAUUACGAUUAGCCCACGGUUUGAAAAUACGAAAUAUCCACGCUUACUGCGACUCUCAACUCGUUGCAAGCCAGUAUAGCGGGGACUACGAAGCCAGGGACGAAAGGAUGGAAGCAUACCUCAAACUAGUCCAAAACUUAUCCCAGGACUUUGAUUCUUUCGCCCUGACUAGAAUUCCUCGUUCCGAGAAUACGCAAGCAGACGCACUCGCAGCCCUGGCCUCGAGUUCAGAUCCGGGACUUAAAAGAGUAAUCCCGGUAGAGUUCAUUGAACAUCCAAGCAUUGGACCUCCCGUCAUCAUCAAUCUUAUUCAGGAUGAUAACGAGGACGAAAUCGCAGUCGAAUCAGAAGAAACGCCAGAACAAAACGAAUAUGGCUACGAUGCGCCGUGGCUAGAGGCGAUACGAGCGUAUAUCAUUGACGGAAAAUUACCUCCUGAGAAGUGGGCGGCUCAAAAAGUCCGAACCCAAGCUGCCCGUUAUGUAACGGUCGACGGAGAAAUUUACAAAUGGAAAUUUUCUGGACCACUCAUGACUUGUCUGGAGGGACAUAAGGCCAGAAAGGUAAUGGAAGAAGUUCACGCUGGUUCCUGCGGAAAUCAUUCCGGCGGAAGGUCGCUCGCCGUAAAAAUAAAACGCCACGGAUACUACUGGCCAACGAUGAUCGGAGACUGCGAAAAAUUCACACGAAAAUGUGAAAAAUGCCAGAGGCACGCUCCAACUAUUCGGCAACCUGCAGAAGAACUCUCCUCCAUUACGUCACCAUACCCCUUCAUGCGCUGGGCUACGGAUAUUGUAGGACCUCUUCACAAAUCCAAGCAAAAACGCUUCCUGCUGGUCCUCACGGAUUUCUUUUCAAAAUGGGUAGAAGCCGAAUCAUACGCAAGUAUAAAGGACGCCCAAGUCGAAAAUUUCGUAUGGAAAAACAUUAUCUGUAGACAUGGGAUCCCAUACGAAAUAGUAACGGAUAACGGAUCCCAGUUCAUCUCUACCCGCUUUGAAGCAUUUUGCGAAAAAUGGAAGAUACGAUUGAACAAGUUAACUCCCAGAUAUCCGCAGUGCAACGGACAGGCAAAAACAAUCAAUAAGACCGUCCUCGUCGGACUUAAGAAACGCCUAGACGAAAAAAGGGAGAUGGGCGGAGGAACUCGAAGGAGUCCUCUGGUCACACCGCACAACUCCGAGGCGAGGGACGGGAGAAACACCCUUCGCCCUCGUAUACGGCACCGAGUGCAUGAUUCCUGCAGAAGUCGAAUUUCCCGGGAUCCGUAG